AUGGGUCUCUCUGCAUCUAACUCUCUUGCUGCCUCUCAUAACAAGUUUUCCUCUCAAUUGUAUCAAACAAUUACUCAAAAGAAGCAAAAGGAAAAUGUUGUCUUUUCACCAGUUUCCAUUUAUUUGGCCAUGUUGAUGGCAACUUCCGGUGCAAAUGGUGAAAGUUUGACAGAACUCGUCAAUGGACUUGGUAUUGAUAAAGCUCCAUCUACCAUUGAAGAAUGGAGACAAAUAGUUGAGCCAUUUGCUACCACUUUCUAUUCUAAUCUCAACACUUCCAUUUUGAAUGUAGCCAACAAUGCCUUUGUUGAACAGAAUGCUACUUUGGAUGGUAAAUACAAGGAUCAUGUCAAGAAGGCAUUCCAAGCACAAGUUACUCAAUGUGAUUUUGCUGGAAAUGCUGAAGGAGAAACCAAAAAAAUCAAUGAAUGGGUUUCUUCCAAGACAAAUCAAAUGAUCAAGGAUUUAAUUGAACCAGGUCUUUUGACCUCUCUCACUAGAUUGGUUUUGGUCAAUGCAAUUCACUUUUUAGGAGCUUGGAAGAAAGCUUUUGAUAAGGAAAAUUCAUAUAAUGGAACUUUUUAUGGAGCUGAAGGAGAAAAUACUUGUAGAAUGAUGAGUAAGAGUGAUUCAAAGGAACAAUAUGGUAGUGAAGGUGGAUAUCAUUGGGUCACUUUACCAUUCUCUGAUGUUAAAUACAAGAUGACAAUUGUUGCAGUUAAGGAUCAAAGUUUCCAACAAACACUUGAUGGAUGGGUUGCUCAAAAAUUGAAUCAAGGAAUUGACACUGCAUUCCCAACAAAUGAAGCCAAGCUUAGCUCUUUUAGAUUCCCAGCUUUUGAACUUGAACAAGGAUUAGAGUUGAGCGAAAUCUUGCAAUCUGCUCCAUUCAACAUCAAGAAACCAUUCACAAACGAAGCUGACUUUUCUAAUCUCCUCACUAAGGAAGAUAUCUUUAUUGAUAAGGUUAUUCACAAAGCUGCUAUUAAGGUUGAUGAAGCAGGUGCUGAAGCUAGUGCUGCCACUGCAAUUGUAAUGAGAACUUUGAGCUAUGAUCCUAAUCAAAUUUCAUUCAUUGCCGAAUCACCAUUUACCUUCGUAUUGAGUGACGAUUCAAGCAAGACAGUUCUCUUUGUUGGUAAGGUGAACAAGUUGUAA